GAUAGCCAACUCCUAUCUGCCUCCCCAGGCAAGACUUAGAGCUUUGACUGUUGGUUUGUGGUUAGAGUUCAAACUUGGCUUCAACAUUCAGCCGGCCAGCAGCAUCAGCAGCAGAGGCAACAACGAUACACACAUGAGAGGCGAAGCAGAGAGAAAAAUAUGAAAAAGAUAUAUAUUGGCAAAACUGCCCUCAAAACCCAGAGAAAUGGUUGCAAACAUCAGAAAAGAAGCUCUUUCCACGACCACAAGGAUGACCUCCGUAAGCGCCUAUCAUACACCACCCACAAACUAGAGAUGGUGGAAACGGAGUUCGACUCUACUCGGCAGUACCUCGAGACGGAGCUGCGCCGGGCCCAGGAGGAACUGGAGAAAUUUACAGAGAAACUACGCAGGAUCCAGAGUAGCUAUUCAGCUCUACAGAGGAUCAACCAGGAUUUGGAGGACAAGAUGCACAGGACGUCCCAGCACCAUGAGGAGGAAAAGAGAGCCCUCAGCCGGGAAAUCAUCGUCCUCAACAACCACCUCAUGGAGGCGAAGAUCACCAUUAAUAAACUCAGAGAGGACAAUGACCUGUACAGAAAAGACUGCAACCUGGCAGCCCAGCUGCUGCAGUGCUCCAAGUCUCACUACAGAGCACACAAGAUGUCUGAGCUGCCGCUGGAUUUCCAGGAACGCAUCAGUUCCCACAUGGAGAAGCAUAAUCAGGGUAGCGGAGCCACCAUGGCAAUGUGCCACUCCAAUUACUCAGAUGCCGUGCCCACAUCCAUAAUUGCCAAGGUCCUGGAGAAGCCGGAACCAGGAAGCAGUUGCCCGGUAACACGCUCACCAAGCCCCCUGCCGCAGGAUGGAGACUUUCUUACAGGAACAGGAAGCACGGAUCACCUGAACCGCCGCAUUGCGUAUAAGACGUCUGACCUGUACUGCAGUGAUACAGCCCUCUACUGCCCUGAACGGUGGCAAGACACAGAGCGCAGGCAGAGCGUCGACCUUCAUGGGACGGGCCUGCUUCAACUCCACGCCCAGAACUCCACUGACAGUAACCCAGAUGAAGAGGCCUACCACUCUGGAAGUUUUUCCCACCAUGAACCUCCAUCUUCCUUCCACCACCAUGAUGAGUUUGGCACUGGGAGCCUCCCUGCUUCUAGUUCUUACUCCAGCUUCAGCCUCGCAUCAGACGAGAAGGGAGGAGUUAGUGGUGGGUGUGGGCGCACCGCCAGCAGCACCUUAUCCUCUUCCCACCAGGGGCUCUAUAUGGACUGGCGAGAUGGUGGCAGUGGGGACUACGAACGCAAAAGCAUGUCUUCGUAUGAUAAAGACAGCCCGAGCUUCCCUAAGUCCCACAGCAUCCAGCACAUGGUGACCCCCAGGAGCCCGCAGAAAGGCACCUCACCAGCGUACACAAGGACGGCUUCAUGCUUCAGUGAACCGUACCACUCCAGCACCCCUCGCCUGGCCUCUUCUCACAGUAUGGGGUCCACUACCGGACUGGGCCAGGCUCGCAGCGGAGCUCUGGAUAGUCGCGAUAACAUGCAGACUGCUGAGGAUGACCUGAGCAGCCGCUGGAGACAGCUCAGUGUGGAAGACAUCAACACCUUCUCAUCUUCCUAUCGUAACAUCACAGGGCGGGUCUCUCCGUACAGUUUCUCUGAGCGCCACUUUGCCAUGGGCCCCUCCAGUAAGGUCAAGGGGUCCCUCUACAGCAGCUUCCAAGAAGGAGAUGACGUCUUCCAUAGCCGCAUGCUGGACCAGUGUUUUGCUGUGUGCCCCCCUUCGCCCAGCCGCAGUCCCAAACCUAUGGAGCAUCGUAAGCAGGAGAAAACAUCUGUGCUGUACAGAGCCAAGGAAGACAGUCAGGACUCAGAGUGCAGUCUGUUCCUCUCAGGGAGCUCUAAAGACAAGGAGAGUAGUGGGGGAGCGACGGCGGCGAGCAGCGCCAAGAAGGACUAUGUAAACCUUAGUGCAGACAGCUCAGAGUCCUUGCAUCACAGCUCGCUCGAGGCCUCAAGUCUUCAACACUACCCCAGUCCCCGGCCGAGCGUCCGGCCUCGCCCGAGCUCCAGCUCCGCUCUCAGCGUUGGCCCCGCACUCCCAAAGAAGACCUCUCCAAGAUACCAAAAAUUUGGCAGCACGGGACUCACGAGGAAGGACAGCUUGACCAAGGCACAGCUAUACGGCACACUGCUGAACUGAAAUGAAAAAGUGAGCUUUUCAUUUUAUGCAUGAUGAUGAUGAUGAUGAUGACUAACUUACUGUACUGUACUGUAUGUCUCCCUGCAGCAAACAUACUUGGUGUGAUGGGGUAUUAAGAUUUUGCUGUUUAAUGUAUCUCUUAGCCAAGGCACGUUUCAUGCAGUCUGCAACACUUUUUCUAUUGUAUGUCAUGAUACAGUGUAGCUACUGGAGACCAGCUAUUCAAUAUGUCUUUGUUUCAGUGAUUAGAGCCACUGGGAUGAAACCACAUUCCCUAAGAAAUCCAACACAGACCCAUGAACAUACUGUGCUACUUGCUCUUUUUUUGGUGUUAAGCACUGUUAGUAAAACCAGCAAAAGACCAUUAAUUCCUGCUCUAAUAUAUACAGUACAGAUAGUAGACUAAAGCAUGUGUAAUGGAGUGACAUUAAUUGCUCAUGUUUGGGUGAGGUUAUCCAUUAUGUACAGUGGACCCUGCUGACUGCAAGCUGUUAAAAAGAUUUAUCCAUUCUCAAUUUUCUCUUAAAGAAAAUGUGUGCUUUAUAAUGCAUAUAAAUGAGAUGGGAAAACACCUUUCCAGCUAAAUUGUUUCUCACAGGGGCAUUAUCUGUAAGUGCCACUUACUAGAAGGGAUAGGUUUAAUAAAUAUUUUAAAAUUGGCUUUAUAAAAGAUAUGAAAAAGACACAACUUAUAGAGUUUCUCCCUAAUGCUAGAUUUCACACAUAUUCAGCAGAAAUGAUUCCACAUAAAUUAAAGAGUAAUUCCAUGAGGAUUCAGAUAUGAGCUGCAAGAUUUUUAGCAUUACUCAGCUGGAAUAUUUCUUAUUUUUUUUAUAUCAAAAUGGGAUGAAAUCUGAGACUGAACUGCACAGUAGUUGCCGUUAUACCACGACACUUGUGAAAUUGCCUUAAUCCUGUUCAGUGGACUGAAUGGUCUCCUUUACAGCAUCUAACAACUGUGUACAUAGUCUAUAUCUGCUGUAUCUGCUGUAUUGUUACUGUACUUAUACACAACUGUUACAGCGUAUGUUCUUCCUGUCAGAUAACAAACACACACACACGGCCAGUUACUGGGAGGAGGAUUAAGUCUGUUCUCAGACUGAGGAUAUUUUUCAGUGGACAUCUCCACUGAAGUUUGUUUUAGUUAAAGAUGACGAGGCUUAAACCCUGUCUAGAAAUCUGGCACACGCAGCCGAAUUUCUACCCUGACUCUUCCAACAGUCUUGGCACCAGUUAUACAAACCAAACAAAAGUGCUGGUUGUUCUAGUUUUCAGGAGAGAUUAAUUGGAAAUCUCUCCAGGCGAAGCUGGCAGAUCUGCAAUGUAUGCACAAAAGAGGAGGAUAGGAAAGUGGACUGAACAGGUAGUAAGAAACAAAGCUGAUUAAAGACAAAAAUGUAUAGUCGGUGUGUUGUUUUUAAACCAGCAUGCUCAAUUAGGCUAUUUUAGAGAAAACACUGUGAAAAUAGACAAAGUGUGUGUGUAUAUACGUACAUAGAAAGUGGCAAAGACAUGCUGUCCUGUACUUGAUGUUAAACAAAGAGUUGCAGAGAGGUUGCCCUGCUGCCCCACAAUCAUGCUACCACUUGCUUAAAUUACUAGACUAGAUGGGGACCAAACUACAAUGUUCCCAUGUCUGUGCACCCUUCUGGCAUGAUCUUGAGGGAUUUCAUCCUGCCUAUGUAGCUCUAUAGAUCUGAGAGGAAUGGUGACAGGGAUAAGCUAAAUAACGGGAGUUCAGCUUUGCCCUCGAAUAGUCAUGCAUAAGAUUUUUAUUAGGAAGGCCAUCAUGCUUCUACCUCUCCCAUUCCUGCAGAUCUGGGAACUGGCUUAAGGCUGUUUAUAGAUUUUUCAAAACUACAUCUCUUCUUUUUCACCUUGUCAUUUUAGUGAAGGUGAGACUGCACCAUACAGGCCACAAAAUGUCACCAAUCAUAUGCUUAUUUUGUGCGCUGUAUAGGUAUCCACAGGGUUGAAAAGGUUUGGAAUUAAAUGAAACCACUGUACAAGGGAGACUGAGAGGAUAUAAGGUAUUUUUGUUGUGGACAUAAUGUAUAAAAAGAGAUAUAGAUACUGCAUACACAAUUGUUAUUCCACUAUGACUAUUUUUUAUCCAGUUUUAGUUGAUGUUAUAUUUAUUGAAUGUUUUGACCCUGAAUGAAGAGGCUGAAGUGUUUCUGUCCUGUCCUACCUCCAGCCCUGUUCCACAAACAACAGGCCAGCUGUUUAAAUGUCAACACAUUUGUCUGUCUGAUGCAUGGUUAUAUAUUUUUGCUGUGCGUUUAUUUACUUAAUAAAGAUGGGUGUUGGGAAAUACA